GUUUGAUUGAACUUCAAAGUUUGGCGGGAACUCCAAGAUGGCGACUAAACUGAAGUCGGAGGUCGUCUCUGCUUUCAAAAUGAAUGGGUUAUCGCUAAAAAGUGAUGCUAGUAAAUUUCUAGUAGAAGCCCUGAUGACAGUUGAUGACACAGAGCGAUAUGAUUGGAUCGAUAGGCUUAUUGAAGCUGUACAAAAGCAACAAUUGCUGUCACCGAUGAUUGAUCAGUCAACGAUAGAGAAAGCAAUUCAUGAAUGCAAUGCAGAUAGUGAAGAGGAUACAGACCAAAUAUUCAAUGUUAUUAAUGUAUUUAAUGCACCACAUUUUGUAUAUAAUUAUGCAAGAAAGAAAUUUGUAAAAAGUACAUCUGUUCCUAGUCUCCAUGGAAAUGCAGACUCUAAAACUGCUAUUUUUCGUGAAAGAUAUAAUAUAUUACACCAAAGAACAUCCAGACAUAAUUUAUUCACUGCACCAGUAACUGGCGCACCUCAAGAACAAAAAGGAAAGAAAUUUCAGUUGAAACCUGUGGAGUUUUUAUUAGGAAGUACAUCCAAACUUGGUGAAAUCAUUGUACUUGGUAUGUUAACACAACUGAAAGAGGGCAAAUAUUUCCUAGAAGACCCAACUGGCGCUGUACAGUUAGAUUUAUCACAAGCAGAUUUCCACUCUGGUUUGUUUACUGAGAACUGUUUUGUACUUGCUGAAGGAUGGUAUGAAGAUGAAGUGUUCCAUAUCAAUGCUUUUGGAUUUCCACCUCCAGAACCAGCUGAUACAACAAGGUCUUACUUUGGUUCUAUUAAUUUUUUUGGUGGACCCUCAGCUACAUCAGUUAAAACAUCUCAAAAAUUAAAAACUAUAGAAAAGGACAAUGAGGAUGCAAUAUUUGUAUUUUUAUCAGAUGUCUGGUUAGAUCAGCUGCAAGUACGUCAAAAACUACAAGCAUUGUUCAGUGGAUUUGCUGAUGUGCCACCAACUGCAUUUGUUUUCUGUGGAAAUUUUUCAUCAGCCCCUUAUGGUAGCCAUCAUAUCAAAGCACUUAAAGAUUCAUUGCAUGAGCUGUCUGUUAUACUUACUGAAUUUCCUACCCUUGUCAAGGAGAGUAAAUUUGUGUUUGUACCCGGUCCACAGGACCCUGGACCCGGUCAUAUACUGCCCAGGCCACCUUUAUCAGAGUGUAUCACUGAAGAAUUCAGAAAAAAAGUUCCAACAUCUAUUUUUGCCACAAAUCCAUGUCGAAUUCAGUACUGCACUCAGGAAAUUGUAGUUUUCAAAGAGGACAUAGUCAACAAGAUGUGUAGAAAUUGUGUUAGAUUUCCAUCUGCCAGUUCAGAGAUACCAGCUCAUUUUGCUAAGACAGUGAUAUCACAAGGUCAUCUAUGUCCACUACCACUGCAUGUAUCACCAAUAUACUGGGCUUAUGACAAUGCAUUGAGGAUCUACCCACUGCCAGAUCUUAUUGUAUUUGCUGAUAAAUAUGAAGCAUUCACUGUCAACAGUGUUAACUGCAUUUGUACAAACACGGGUUCAUUUCCACGCAGUGACUUUGGAUUCAAAGUUUAUUACCCAUCUAGUAAGCAAGUUGAAGACAGUAAAAUUCCUGAUUGAAGACUGAUAUAGAAGAGAAAAACAGUGUUGGUGUGAUGACAUACAUAGUUUAUAAUCUCUCAUCCAUGAAAAUGAAUUUUAAAUCACAUCAUAUUUAAUUUUAAAAUGUUCAUUGAAAUCCAUGUACAUAAUCUUGUGUGUGAUUCGAUAUUAAUGUUAUAGAUCACAAAUGUAAUAAAAUAUUAAGUACAAGUU